UGCGAGACCCUGGAGGAGAGCGGCGACGUGGAGCGCCUGGGCCGCUUCCUCUGGUCGCUGCCCGUGGCCCCUGCGGCCUGCGAGGCGCUCAACAAGAAUGAGUCGGUGCUGCGAGCGCGAGCCAUCGUGGCCUUUCACGGCGGCAACUACCGCGAGCUCUACCACAUCCUGGAAAACCACAAGUUCACCAAGGAGUCGCACGCCAAGCUGCAGGCGCUGUGGCUCGAAGCCCAUUACCAGGAGGCCGAGAAGGUGCGUGGACGGCCGCUGGGGCCGGUGGACAAGUACCGCGUGAGGAAGAAGUUCCCACUGCCGCGCACCAUUUGGGACGGCGAACAGAAGACGCACUGCUUCAAGGAGCGAACGCGGCACCUGCUACGCGAGUGGUACCUGCAGGACCCGUACCCCAACCCCAGCAAAAAGCGCGAGCUCGCCCAGGCCACGGGACUGACCCCUACGCAGGUGGGCAACUGGUUCAAAAACCGCCGACAAAGGGACCGGGCAGCUGCUGCCAAGAACAGACUCCAGCAGCAAGUCCUGUCUCAGGGCUCCGGGCGGGUGCUAAGAGCAGAGGAAGAGGGCACCACCGAGGUGCAGGGAGCCACAGCCAGCCCAGCCGCCAGUCUAUCCAGCAAGGCAGCCACUUCAGCCAUCUCCAUCACGUCAAGCGACAGUGAGUGUGACAUCUGAGCUGCCCACACAACAGGCUCAGAAACAGAAUCCAGUGUAUAAAAAGACACAAACAAAAUGAAGGAGGGAGGGAAGAGGAGAGACC